UGCCCGCCACUCUGACCUAGUCUCCUACUUCUCUCUGAUAGCUGGUUCCCACCCCUGGGCCUUUGCACUGGCUGUUACAGCUGCCUGGAACACCUUUCCCCUAGAUCUUUGAAUGGCUGUUUCCUUCUUAUCCUUCAUCUCCACUUAAAUACCUCGUCUUCAGAGAGGACUUUUUACUCAUGUCCUGACUCCCUAGUCACUGCCUAUUAUAUUGCCUGUUGUUAUUUGCCUCUUAUCAAACGAGUUACCUAAAAUUAUCUUGCUUAUUCUUUUGUUUCUUGUCAAUCCUUUCUCAGCCAUGGAAUGUUGACUCCCUGAGAUAAGGGCUUGGUCUUUCACCAUAGUAACCCCAGUACCCAAAACAGUGUGGGCCACGUGCUAGAUACUCAGUAAACACUUAAAUAAUUCUAUCCACAAGACUUCAUACUCAAUCUUCACACUGAGAGAUGGAGUUGAACUCCAAACUGAAAUUGUAGACACAUCACAGUACUUGUCUUGAGACCUCAUCUCUCUUAUCCUGAAGUCUAACCGCACCACCCACUAGACCUUUUCCUUCCCUGAUCCUGGUGUAAAGAAUGACUCAGUUCCCUAGUCAGUAUGAAAACUGGAGGAAGAGAGCAGCUCACGGGGACUGUGAGUACAGUCGGAGGAAGGGUACUCUACCAGUCUACCAGGAAGGACUAACCGCUAUCUCCUAGGAAAAGCCUGCAGAGUCUGAUUGUAAGGACCAUGGAAAUGGCAGUGGGAGGAAUCCCUAAACCGGAGUAAAAAGUGCGUGUGCCUUUAAGAGGAGAGUCGGAAAAAUAGAGAGGCCGGCACCCUAGGAAAAGUAGUCUCAGGCUCAAUCAAGCGGGUGGACUAAGAAAAACCGGCCCCUUCCGGUUACGUAGCCUGGCAAGAUGGCGGCGCCCAAGUCGUCCCUGCACCUGGUGGCCCCAGUAUGGAAUGGGGGUACCAGGGGCAUCGGUGGCCUGAGCAGGGUGGUGGCCCCCGAGGGCAAUCAGAAGAAGGGGAGGUCGCUGCUCCAGUUCCUGGCUGACCGCUUCUAUGACGUGGAGGCUCUCAGGGACCACCUGCUCCGAAAGCGGGUGUCGAAGGUGCACCAGAAAAAUCGACCCUUCAACCACAUCAACCAGCGAUACGGUCCCUACGUCGCAGGUGCCUAUUUCAUCCUGAAGCAGGGAGGUGCGGUCAGGUUUCAGGGCAGGGAGUGGAUCCGGCCAAAUCAGCGUGGCCACUUCUCUCUGGACUUCUUGAAGUUGCAGGCGGUGCCCGUAGAGGCCGUCGAUGCCAGCGGCUGUGCCAUCAACUACCAAGGCCUGGACAGCCUCUUGGCCCUGAAGGAGCUCCAGUCCCUGUGGCUGCAGCGCUGCCCCCACGUGGAUGACUGGUGUCUCAGCCGCCUCCACCCGCUGGCCAGCUCACUGCAGGAGCUCUCGCUGGCCGGCUGUCCCCAAGUCUCUGAACGGGGCCUCGCCUGCCUCCACCACCUCUGGAACCUCCGCACACUGGACAUCUCGGACCUCCCUGCCGUGUCCAGUCCGGGCCUCACUCGGAUCCUGGUGGAAGAGAUGCUUCCUAGUUGCGAGGUCCUGGGGGCCGACUGGGCCCAGGGCCUCAAGCUGGGGCCAGAGGAGCAGCCUCGGGACACAGCCGGUCCCAUCCCUGCCUAGCCCUCGGCCAGCCACCGUCAGGCUGGAUCUCAGCGGGACCCGGCGGAGUGUCCCACGGUUCCCCAUACUUCUGGCUUCCGUCGGGUUCACUCGGUGUGGGGGUUGGGCUCUGGCUGGCUGCAUCCUGGGGGGAAAGGUCACAGCUCCUGUCUCCUGUCAGGAGGCUCUGUCCGCAGGCUUCUCUCCUGGGUUCCAACCAACAGUCGCCUCCUCCUGCCUCUUCAGGCCUGGGGGAGGGUUACCAGCCCCAGGAGCUGUGCUUCCCCCCGCGGUUUCCCCACACCUGCCCACUAGCACGUAAGAGACUCUGCCCUUGUGUCCAGAGACUCUCCAAGUAUCUUUAUUUGAGUGUGCUGCUGCUUCCUGCCUGGACCUGGCUGACACGGGGGCGCUGCUGGCAUGCCAGGGGACGGGUCUUCGGGGUGUGACACCGCUCAGCUGACCGCAGGCUACGGCAUCCCUGGCCUGCACUCACGAGAUGCCGGAAGCGCCCCAGGUCCCACGGUGUUGCCACUUACCCACGUAUUGGCUCCAAAUUCAGCGUUCUCGUUUGCUCCGUGAAAACCGACCUGGGCCUUUGCUAAGUGGCACGAAGAGGUUUGUCAGUAGAGGGCGCCCGAGAGGUUCCAGGAGGAGAGGCUUUUGCUUCCUGGUUCCCGACGACGAUGUGCUCACUCUUCGGUCUGGGCUCCCUGAGUGCUCGGUGGUCAGCAGCUUCCCCCCCCCCCCCGCAGCUUCCCCCCCCCCCCCCCCCGCAGCUUCAGAGCUGUGCCUCCACUGAGGCAUCUCCCUGCAGAUGACUCUCCACGGCACCCCACCUGGGGGACCUCCAGUAAAUGCUGAGGCACCUUACCAGCGAGUCCCUGUUAUUUCAAUUUGCCAUUCAAGUCAAUAAUUCUUUACAUUAAACUUCACCUGCUC